AUGCUGCGAUGGAUUCUCGGGGGUCGCGGCGCUCAAGGCGCAGUCGAGAAGAGCGCGGCGCUGUGCAUCGGGGAGGAACAGCCCAAAAACUGUUUCACGGAGUUGCAGGUGCUGAAAGGACAUUUUGACAUUGUUCGAUUUCUGGUGCAGAUUGAUGACUUCAGGCUUGCGUCUGCUGGGGAUGAUGGGAUGGUGCUGGUGUGGAAUGUUGAGACUGGAGAGCGGCUGGUGGAGUUACGAGGUCAUACGCAGCAGAUCACGGCCAUGACGUCUUACACCUUCAUCAGAGGAGGGAAACCCCACACGGGGCUGAUAACGGCUUCAUCCGACCGCACGCUGAGUCUGUGGGAUCCAGACACAGGAAACAGAGUGCAGACCGUAUCCGAUCUACAGUCGUCUGCGAGGUGUCUGCUGGUGUUGAGCGGCGUGGACGUGUGGCUCUCGGGUGGUAACGAGCUGUGCGUGUGGAGCAGAGACUUUCAGCUGCAGUGUAAAAGCGUUCACCACAGAGAUGCAGGCAUCACUGCGAUGGUGGAGUUACCCAGAAACUACAUUGCUGCUGCCAUGGACAAAGAGAUUGUUAUUUUUAAGUUAAACCUGUCUGAAGUGGAGAUGUCAGUCUUGGCCAUUCGCCACCUCGCUGACCACCAGGACACCAUCAGAGCGCUCAUCAGCAUCAACGACGGCCUGUUCGCUAGCGGCUCUCAUAACGGUGAACUCAUCCUCUGGGAUGCCGUGGAUUGGACGAUCCAGGCUUAUGAGUUCAUUCUGUGGGAGGAGCAAGCAGGAGAUGCCCAACCAGAGAUCCGAGUGGGCCAGCAGAAACAGACCGAUAUGUCCAUUCAGCACCUGGCCACAGACGGAGAGCUGGUGGUUGCAGCAGUAGGCAGUGGCCUGUAUGUGUAUAACGCUGUGAUGAAGACGGUGGUGGCGUACAGGAAGAUCGCUCACGACUCUGAUGUUUUGCACACCAUGUUGCUGGACAACGGUCAGGUGAUGUCGUGCUCUGAGGACGGCAGUGUGAGGAUCUGGGAGCUACAGGACCUCCCCCUACCUGCAGAGCCCGCCCCCUCAGGGUUUUUUGGAAUGUUUGGCACUUUCGGCCGGUCUGGUAAGCAGACAGGUGCUCCUAUGAAGAAGCUUCUGGACAUUAGCGGUCUCCGCUCUCUGGAGCUGAUCGGCGAUCUGAUUGGUCACUCUGGUGCUGUUCAGAUGUUUGCGAGUUUCGGCGAGAAGGGUUUGGUCACCUGCUCCGCUGACCACCUGCUCAUCGCGUGGAAGGACGGAGAGCGAGAGUCGCAGCUGCGCAGUCUGGCACUGUUCCAGAAGCUGGAGGAGAUGCAGGGCCUGUAGAGGGCGCUGUGGACCGGAACCCGAGAACUCCUUUAACUUCACCUGGUUCUGGAGCUCCCAGAAACAGCCGUCACACUUACCUGUGUCCCAAACCAACAGGUACAGAACACUGAUUUACCAGAACGCCGCAAAGAACAAAGAACCAUCGCACAUGCCCAUUAACGAAAAACCCACUGAGGGUUGGUUCCCGGUGCUCCCGUUAAAGCGAGAGGUCCAGGAAUGAGCAGUUAAACCCAAAUGUACUCGGCCUGCCCACGUUGGGUGUUUCCAAGGCUGCUUCUGGUGCCACGUGGCUAAUACAGUUGGUUACAGCACAACGGCAGAGUUUAGUUCCAGGGCUGCCCAGGACUUUGAAUCCUGAGUGACCAAGACUGGAAAAACAGUGAAAACGCUCCGCUUUGACGAGUUAGAUGCUCCUAAGGCUUUACGAUUCUAGCUGUUGUGGUCCAGUUGGACGUUAUUUUAAACGGAUCUUCCCAAAGCUUCCCAAAUCAAACGGAGCGUUUAUACUGUGUGGCAAAAAUUCACUUUUUAUGAGGGCUAGCAUGAAUGCUAAUGGCGUUUAGCUUCCGAAGUGGUCACCGAAGUGAAUUUGUUACGUUCUAGUUUUUGUAAUUUGAUCAUUUUUAAAUUCGUUUUAUUUUACAUUCUACAUUUUUAAUUCGUUUUAAGUAAAACUAAUUCUAUAAAAAUGGUCAACACCAACAUAUUUGGCUGUAUUACCGUCUUUAUGAAGUGAAGGUUAAUUAUAUAUCUGAUUCAUAUAUUUAAUUAAUUAAUGUAAUUAUUAAUUAACAGCCUCAACCAUUACAGGGUUUUACUCUUCUGGAUUUUGUCUGUGUACCAGAUUUUAUCUCUAAUCUCAGCUUCCAUGGUGACUGGGUGCCUGUUAUCCACCCGCCAGUGCAGCCGGCCUUUAUGUUUACAUUCUUUAUACACUGAAUAUCACAUUCUGGAAAAACGUGGCGUAUCAGAAACCGGACUGGGCACGUCUACAGUUACGUUACCUGUCAACCGCGUCUCGCCUGAUCGACUACAUUUGGGUUCAGCUGUGAAAUACAUUUUCCCUGAAAGUUCAGUGGUGAGGAUCAAUAUGAGCAAGUAUGAAUCGUGGAAAAGAGCUUUGAGGUUCGAAUGAUCGGCUGGACUGGGAGCAGAACCUUUCUGAUCCUGUAUCAGUGACUUUACUAAGAGAUGUUCGCGGCCACCCUGAGCUCCGGAUCCGACUCCUGCCUUACCCACCCGGGUUUGGCUGGCGUUGAGAUGUUUUGGGCCGUGUUGGAACAGAAGGUUCGUCAUCGUCCUUUUUUUAAGCAUUAAUCACAUUUUUUUGUAGUCAUUUUAAUUUACUGUUUGAAGUUGCAUGUCGACUUGUGCACAGAAUGAUUGUAAAUUGUGUGGAAGAUUCUGAGACAUUGCUUUUAUUUUAAAGGGCCCAUAUCUGGAAAACCCAGCUUGCAGCCGUUUAGCUCUGCCCACUCAGGCUGACGUUGUGUGUUUAACCCAGCCAAUCAAGACAGAGCUCAUUUACAUACAUCAGCUUUAAAGGCACAGUAAGAAAAAUGGCCUGUUUUAUUCUGUGAUUGUGUAAAAAUGAAUUGGAGCAAAAAAGUUGAACCUCAUGAAGGAAAGUGUUGAAUAUGGGCCCUUUAAAACGCUCAUUUGCACAUUGUGGUCUCACUGGAACUUAAAGUGACUCUCUCUGGUAAACAGUGUUUACUGCCAUGGAUUAAAGGCUGAAGGUGAGGAGGUGCAUGAGAGGAAAGGUUA